AUGACGCGCGAGCGCGGAUCCCUCACCAUGCAAAGUCGGCGUCGGUACUCCGCCCCGCAGAAACCUGUCGGCGUGUCUCUCUUCCACUCGUACAUCAACCUGUGGUCGACAGGCAUGACAGUUGGCAUGGGGGGGCACUACUUUGCGUGGAACACGGGCCUUGUAGCAGGUCCGUGGAGCUUUGGGCUGGCCGUGACGGUCAUGGGUAUGGCGUACAUUUGUCUGUGCUGCUGCCUCGGCGAAGUCACGAGUAUGGUGCCGUUCACAGGCGGUGCGUUCGGUCUGGCCAGAUGGACAUUUGGGUUCCACGCUGGGUUUCUCGUCGGGUGCUGCGAGUCGCUGCAGUACAUUCUAUACGUCACAUGCAACUUUGUGCAGCUGAGUCGGUUCACGGCCGUCACGUACCCGGGUUCCGUCGAGUAUCCGUACGUGACGUGGAUAGGGAGCUACAUGCUGGCGGUGGGCAUGCUGUGCUGUAACAGUGCCACGUACAACCGAUGGAACCGCCUGCUGGCGUUUCUGUCGUUGGGGCUACUGGUCACGUACGUCAUUGGCUCGAUUCCGUUGGCGUUGUCGUCAGAAGCAGUCGAACCCAAUGUGGCGCCGUCCGCGAUUGUUCAGGACGUGCCCUCGUUUUUCCAAACCCUGCCCCAAGCUGCGUGGUUCUUUGCCGGUGUAGAAACCCUCAACCGCCUCUGCAACGAAGUCGAGUCACCCAACAUUUCAAUCCCCCGCAGCCAGCUCGGGUGUUUAUUUACACUCAUCUGCACCGCGCUCACAGUAUUCGUCAUGGUGAACGUCCUCCCGCCAGGCCUUCCCGUCAUCGCCACGUCUGUCGCCCCCUUCAACCACGGCUUCACGCGCAUGUUUAACUGCUCCGUGGAAGCCGCGACGCUUCUGUCGAUUCCCGCAACGUUUGCAUCAGGACAAGGCUUUGCCCAAGCGUACACCAACAUUAUCGUGGCGCUGUGCAGCUCUCGGCUCUUGCCCGAGGGGUUCCUCAUAUGCUUGGAGUCCACGGGCGCGCCCAUCGUUGCGAUUGCGCUCGGCACGUUUAUCAGUUUUGUCCUGUGCUUCAUGCACUACUACGUGGAUGUGAACGUUGUAUUGUUUGACGUGGCCAUGUUGUACGCGUUUGUCGCGUACUUGUCACAGUGCAUUGGGUACAUUUACCUUCGACGCGAGCACUCCAAGAUGCAUCGGCCGUUCAAAAGUCCGUUUGGGAUCUACGGCGCCUUGUUUGCCAGUGGGGUGUGGGUCGCCAGCAUUGGCGGGCUGGUGCUGUACCAAGACAUUCGAGGACCGAUCUUUGCUCUCGGAUUGCUCGGGGUCUGUUCUAUGUAUUACAAAGUAUACGCGCAGAAGCACCAAGUGUUUUCCACUCAAGAAAACAAGGCCCUUCUGUUUGCCCACGUUGCGCGACUCAACUCGAGGCAGGCCUACCGCCGCCGAUCCGUGGAAGGGUUUGCCGGGGAGCUCGUCAAACUGAUCAACCCGCCAUCCAAGUAUAAACAGACGUUUCCGACCAUGUACAAGACCGCCAACAAGAAACGCCAGCGGUCAGUUAAAGCCACGGUGGCUGUGGCGACAUCAGGGCGGUCCAUCGGUCGGGAAGUCCCGUUGCCGUCGGAACACGAAGACGCACUCGCACAAGCUCGACGCGUGGUCGACGCGGCCAUUACACCCCUAGACACUACUUCUCGACCCCCCAACUCCCCCACCACCACGAGCACCACCAACAACCCACCAGCACCGUCGUAAUACUGUAGUAAACACCAUCCUAGUACUAGUCUAUCGUUAGCGACAAGUUCUACGUCAUAAUUAUGAUCACCGUU